AUGCAGGAUCCCAGAUAUGUGGCGAAUCCCUUACGCCCCUACUAUGUCCCGCCCUCCAUCGGGGGAGAGCCGGUGCCAAACAUUACCGCAGGUGCCUCGACGCCUCAUUCGAGACCGACCUUCGCAUUCCCAGACAUCGACUACUCCGACUAUAUCUCCGAAAUUUCACCCUCUAUUCCAGGUUCAAUCAAAUCCAUCCUUGACCAGGCGUUGUGGAAAUACACGAGCGUUGUCAUUGGGCAGCCUUUUGAGGUCGCGAAGCUCAUCUUACAAGCCCGCGUUGCACAAGAUGAAGAGGAAGACUUAACUCACGGACAAAAGUACGGCGGGGAAGAUGAGGACAUCGAUGACUAUUACGGGCACUCAUCAGAUGAAGAGCCCAAUUAUUUCACAUCAAAUGCACCCUUUGAGCGGCCUAUCUCGAGUCGCUCUCCCGUCCGUGGCCGACAUGGCAGGCCAUCACGGCAAUCCGAGCGUCCUCAACAAUCUAACGGCCGGAUACGUCUCAAGAACCCCCAUUCUCUGCUCGAUGCGCUAUCGGCCCUCUCCUCCAGCAGUGGAUUGCUGGCUAUGUGGCGUGCCACGAACUCAACAUUCAUUUACAACCUAUUGAACCGGACGCUGGAAACAUUUUUCAAAAGUUUUCUGGCAGCUGUGCUUGGGAUGGCGGAAAACGACAUUCUCAUUCCGCCAUCCGCCGGGACAAUCCCGGAUUCAUCAAUACUUAUCUCUACAUCUCCUGCCGCUACAAUUUUGAUCACAGCUGCUGCCUCAGCUAUCGCCGCGCUCGUUCUGGCGCCCGUUGAUGCAGCUAGGACCAGACUCAUCCUCACGCCAUCCAACGAAGAACCGCGCACUCUACUUGGCACUCUACGAACAUUGCCAACCCCUUACUUGAUACCUCGACACCUGAUCCCGAUCACCUUUUUCACAUCGACUCUUCCUGCUCUUAUUUCCACAAGCACCCCUGUUUUCUUGAGGUCUUAUCUUGGCCUCGAUCCGGCCAUGAACCCCGCUAGCUGGAGUCUUGCCACAUUUGCUGGAUCUGCCUUGGAUCUCUCGAUCAAGUUCCCGCUCGAGACGGUCCUGCGUCGCGCACAAAUUGCAACCUGGACUUCCCCUGCUUAUUUGCCACCCUCCACGUCUUCUAAACGUAAGGCAAUUACCACAGUCGUUCCAGUGCCACAAACUUACAAGGGGAUCCUGCCGACCUUGUGGAGCAUUACAAGGGAGGAAGGAUACUCCGAAACCCAGAAGGACAAAACAGCUGCCCUUCUGGGAAAGGCUCCGCGAAGGAAGCGCAAGGGACAAGGAAUUGAAGGGCUGUAUCGUGGCUGGAGAGUUGGUUUCUGGGGCCUGGUCGGCAUCUGGGGCACCUCGUUUGUAGGAGGUUUGCAAGGUGGGAGCGAGGCAACAACGGACAGCGCUGGUAUACACGGUGGUAAAUUCUGA